UUUGCGAAUACGAUAGAAAUAUAAACCCUGAGUCGUUCCUUUUUUAAUAGUGUUAUUUUUAAUUGUAUUAUUUUAAUUUGUUUUAUCUUUUUUGUGUUACAGAAUGUCGCGUGCAUUUUUGCUGGCAUUUGCGGACGAAGAGAGAAAACGAAGUUUGUCCAGAAUCCAGAAACGUCGACUGCGGGAUUGCAACAAUUCUCUGGAUUUACCGGAGAAGGAAUUCAUGGCAAAUUUCCGUGUCAACAAAUCAGGGUUUCAGCAAGUUUUGGCAGAGUUACGUCCAUUUCUGCAACGUGCUCAACGAAACACUGCUGUUGCAAUUGAGCUAAAAAUAUUGGCAGUCCUAAACUUUUAUGCAAAUGGAUCAUACCAACGAAGCUCCUCAUUCAUUUGCAACAUGUCUCAACCUACAUUUAGUAGGUGCCUACAUGAGGUAACCGAUGCUCUCAAUGUACGGGACGUGCUACUCAAGUACAUAAAGUUUCCUUCCACUCAACAAGAACGGGAAUCCACCAUGAGAGUGUUUAUGGAAAAAUUUGGAUUCCCAGGAGUUAUUGGGUGCAUUGAUGGAACCCAUGUUGCUAUAAUAAGGCCCACUGACCAUGAAGAAGCUUUUUUUAAUAGAAAACAUUAUCAUUCAUUAAAUGUUUUGCUGGUGAGUAUUAAACACAUUUUUUAAUGUUCUAUCA